AUGGCGCCCGUGUCAUUACCAGAGCAGGGCGAUAGCCAGCCUUUGAAGCGCCAUAAGGUCACGGACGCCGAGGCAACUGCUGCUGCGGCGCCCUCGACCAAGCCCCUCAACAAAAAUGCAAACAGCUUCGACUCCCAGGCCGAGGAGUGGAGGAGCAACCUGAGGGGCGACGCGGAGCUGGUGAGCGGCCCCAGCGGCGAGCGCCCCGACUGGUGGUGGACUGGGCCCAAGCCGGUGCCGGGCGCGGCGGGCGUGCAGCCCGACGGCACCAUCACCAGCCUGCCGCUGCCAGACCUGGCCACCUGCACGCGCCAGCAGGCCCUGGCCUACUUUGACAACACCUGGCUCAUCACAGAGGUGCUGUUCAGCGCGCUGCAAGGCGAGGAGUGCUACUACCGCCCCCCCCACCACAACCUGCGCCACCCCUUCAUCUUCUACUACGGACACGUGGCGGUCUUCUACACCAACAAGCUGCGGGUGGCGGGCAUCCAGGCGCAGCCCCUCAACCUCCAGUUUGAGCACGUGUUUGAGGUGGGCGUUGAUGAGAUGAGCUGGGACGACCUGUCCAAGAACGACAUGCUGUGGCCCUCUGUGAGGGAGGUCAACCAGUACAGGCGCCAGGUGUACCAGAUGGUGCGGCGCCACAUCGAGACGCACCCGGGCUUUGACAGCCUGCCCGUCACCUGGUCCUCCCCCGCCUGGGCCUUCUUCAUGUGCUUUGAGCACGAGCGCAUCCACAUCGAGACCUCCUCGGUGCUGAUGAGGGAGCUGCCCGCGCACCUGCUGCGCCGCCCGCCGCAGUGGCCCGCAUACCACGCGUCGGUGGGCGACGCGGCGCGGCCGCCGCCGCCAAACGAGCUGAUUGCGGUGGAUGCGGGGGAGGUGGUGGUGGGCAAGCCCGCCGACUUCCCCUCCUACGGCUGGGACAACGAGUACGGCUGCCGCGCCUUCCACGUGCGCGCCUUCCGCGCCACGCGCGCCCUGGUCAGCAACGCCGAGUUCCUGGAAUUUGUGCGGGACGGCGGCUACCGCAGCGAGCAGUGGUGGAGCGAGGAGGGGUGGCGCUGGCGCACCUUCCGCAACGCCAAGUGGCCUGCCUUCUGGGUGCCAGAUGGGCCGCAGGGCCUGCACCGCUACAGGCUGCGGCUGGUGUUUGAGGUUGCUGACAUGGCGCCCGCCCUGCCCGCUGUGGUCAACCACCACGAGGCUCACGCCUACGCCGCCUGGCUGUCCGCCAGGCUGGGCCUGCGUGGCGACGCCGCGCUGCGCCUGCUCACCGAGCCGGAGCACCACCGGCUGCGCGAAGUCGCGGCGAGGGACGGCGAGGGGCGCACCGCGGCAGACCCGGUGAUGGAGCUGAGCGGCGUGGCUUUUGCCAAGCGGGCCAACCUGAACCUGGCAUAUGGCGCAGAGUGCGGCGUGGACGCCAUGCCCGCCACCGCCGCCGGCUUCCACGACGUGGCCGGCAACCUGUGGCAGUGGUGCGAGGACCACAUUGCCAGCCUGCCCGCCUCCCGCGGCGUGCACCCCUUCUACGACGACUUCACCACCCCCUGCUACGACGGCGAGCACAACGUCAUCCUGGGCGGCUCUUUCGUGUCCACCGGCGACGAGGCCUCCGUCUUUGCCCGCUUCCACUUCCGACCCCACUUCUUCCAGCACGCCGGCUUCCGCCUGGUCAGCGGCACCGCCCCCAAGGAGACGAGCUGCCAGGACUCGCCGCCGCCGCACGUCGGCUCCUGGGACCCCUCCACCAAGAAGGCCAGCCGCGCCGCCGCGCACGCUGCCGCCGCCGAGGCGCUGCAGCAGGCGCUGCUGUGCGGGUACGGCGGCGAGGGCGCGCUGCUGGCGGGCGGCGCGGCACGGCUGGGCCUCCCAGGCGCAGACUACCCGGCGCGGCUGGCGGGGCUGCUGCUGGGCGCGGCGGCGCGGCUGGGGGUGCCGCUGGGCGCGGCGCUGGAGGUGGGGGCGGGCGUGGGCGCCACCGCCUUCCAGCUGGCGGCGGGCGGCUUUGAGAAUGUGCUGGGCGUGGAGCACGACGCGCGCGCGGUGGCGGCGGCGGCGGCCGCGCAGCAGGCGGGCGUCGUCAGCGUCGCUCGCAAGGACGAGGGCCACCUGCGCAGCGAGCUGGAGCUGGCGGUACCAGGCGGCACCGCGGCACGCGCCCGCGUCUCCUUCCGCCAGAUGGACCCCUGCUGCCUGCAACCGGACCUGGGCCCGUUUGAUGCUGUGCUGCUGAGCGGCGUGCUGGAGCGCAUCCCAAGUCCCAAGGCGCCGCUGGGCCGCAUGGCCGGCCCUCGUGGCCUGCUGCGCAAGGGAGGCCUGCUGCUCGUCACCUCCACCUACUGCUGGAGCGAGCGCACGGCGGCCAGCCAGCUGUGGCUGGGCGGCACCACAGACUCCGAGGGCAACCCCGUCAGGUCUCGCGACGGGCUGGCCGCCGCCCUGGGCCCCGACUUUGAGCUGGUGGAGGAGGCAGACCUGCCAGCCGCCUCCCGCAGCUGCGAGCGCAUGUACAGCGUGGCGGUGAUGCACGCCUCGCUAUGGCGCCGUGUGGCCUGA